AUGGCAGUCCUUCAGCUUCAGCUUGCACCACCGAUGUUCGCCUACCGAUGGCCGGGCUGGGAAGUCGUGGUGGGCAUCGAAGUCCACGCUCAGAUAAAGUCGCGUCGAAAACUCUUCUCAGAGACACUCACUUCUACUCUCAGCGAAGCACCCAAUACUCAUGUCUCCCCAUACGAUGCCGCCUUCCCUGGGACCCUUCCUCGUCUCAACCCCACAUGUGUCAAACUUGCCUUGAGAACUGCUCUCGCCUUGCAGUCGGACAUACAUCUUCGUUCUGCGUUUGACAGGAAACAUUACUUUUAUGCAGACCUGCCGUCAGGAUAUCAAAUCACGCAACAGUAUUCACCCUUGGCGACAGGAGGGGUACUCGAGCUACCUAACCUCGGUACAUCCGUACGCGUCAAGCAAAUACAACUCGAGCAGGAUACCGCCAAAUCGACAUUUGACCGCAGGCGCAAGCUCUCCCACAUUGACCUCAAUCGAGCAGGGACCGGACUGAUGGAAAUUGUCUCCGAACCGGACAUGAGGUCCCCAGAACAGGCAGCAGAGUACGUACGGACACUUCAGGCACUCCUGAGAGCGGUUGGAUCGAGCGACGGGAAUAUGGAGCAGGGAUCUAUGCGGUGCGACGUGAACGUGUCAGUCAACCGCCAGGGUGAGCCGCCGGGAACUCGGUGUGAGAUCAAGAACCUGAACAGUGUCAAGUUCAUGAUGAUCGCUAUCGCUUCUGAGGUUUAUCGACAUAUUGACCUCAUUGACGCCGGAGGCACGGUCUCACAGGAGACGCGUGGCUUUGACGAGGACAGGGCCGAGACGUUCCGGCUGCGAAGCAAAGAAGAUGCGCCAGACUAUCGGUAUAUGCCCGACCCGAAUCUGCCCCCGCUGCUCCUCACGUCGAAAUUUAUAGACAUCGCGAGGCAGUCCAUGCCCGAACUGCCUAGGGCUACGCGGGCACGCCUUCUAGACGUCGGUUUGACAGAGAAUAAUGUCGACGUGCUCAUGGCUGUUGACUCGGGGCGGGACAUUGGCUUCGAUGGCGAGAUGAAGCAAGGUGCCGUCGCUUACUUUGACGCUCUCGCUGAGGGUCGAGACCCAAAGGUUGUCGUCAACUGGAUGACACACGAACUUCUUGGCCAGUUGAUGUCUCGCAACCAGACCUUCAGCCAUAACCCAAUCUCGGUCGCGCAGAUGGGCGAGCUCAUCGACCUCGUACAAGCGGGCACCGUCACCGGUACCGGUGGAAAGUCCGUCCUCCGCCAUCUCCUCGACAAUCCAUCUUCGACUUCCGUGCACACCAUCGCAGAACAGCUCGGACUCCUUGCACUCGAAGCAGGCGAAGAAACGGACAAGGCCCUGAACGAUUGGUGCAAGCAGGCGAUCAGUGCGCUCCCGAAAGAGGCAGAGGCCGCGCGCAAGGGCAACGAGCGCGUGUUGAACAAGCUCGUCGGCCGCGUGAUGAAGCUGAGUCAGGGACGCGUGGAUGCUAUAAGGACGAAGGAGGUGCUGUCUGGGAUGUUGGUGCAAGGGAAGUGAGGGGCGUGGUUAAAUGUGGCUGGUAAGGACACAUGUGGAGGUGGCGCGCGGACGUGGAAGAGAUCGUUUUUAGCUUGCAGCGCAGUUCUUUGCUCCGCAAUAACUCCUGCUUCGUCGUGCCGGGGCAAGGUAGCGGGUGAGUUCGGGAUGCUGUCGGAGACUUCAGAGUUUGUGUUAUUAUAGCGUCGGAAUGACCCAG